AAAGUGAUGUAUAUGACAUAAUGUUAUUUUAUUAUUUCUUCUAAUUUACAUUUAAUAUUUCUUUUUAAGUUUUUUAUUUACUUUUAAGAGUUGAAAUUAUAGUUUCAUGCAAACAUAACAUGCACAAAGUUUUAUUAAAAUCUCUUGUAUUUAGAAGACCAGUUUUAAAAUAUAGCAUCAGGAGGAAAGCAUAUUAUCAACAUAAAUAUGAUCCUAAAGUUGAAGAAGUUAUAAAUAAACAAAUCCAAGCGGAGCAGCAAGCAGCUCAAGAUUAUUUAGCAAUGGCGACAAUGUUUUUGCAUCCAUGCAUGUCACGACCAGGGGCUGGUGGGUACUUUAUGAAAAUGUAUAAUGAAGAACUAGAACAUAUGCAGAAACUUAUUGAAUACCAGUUGAUAAGAGGAGGCGCUAUUGUUAUUAGUGGACUUAAAGCGCCAACAAUGGAUAAUAAAUUAACACUGCAAAGUGCCUUUAAAAAGGGUCUGUGUAUGGAGAAAAGUGUUACAGAGUUAUUAGAAAAUGUUGUUGCGGUAGCCGAAAAAGUAGAUGAUUAUCAAUGCGCGGAUUUUAUAACAUCAGUAUAUUUGGCAGAACAGAUGGAGUCUAUAAAUGAACUCUCACAUCAUGUUACAAAUAUAGACAGAUUGUGUAGAGAUGAGCAUGCAGUAUAUCAAUAUGAUCUGCAAUUAUUGAAAACCUAUCCAAAUCCAUUUAAGUUUAAAAUGCCAGAACGGUAACAAUAAAGCUAAGCUUGAGCAGAGAAUGAAAACGAAUAUAUUUGCAAUAUUGUCAGAGUAAAUCCUAAAGUUAAAUUAAAUUUUUGGUCAAAUUAAUACAGUU